CCGGCUCUACUGAAGAGGGCUGCGCUCCUCGCGGGAUGUAGCGGCGUUUCCUAAUCUCGAAGAAGAACCUAUAAAGAAAAAGAAAGGCACGGCAAAAGCAUCGUGUCCGUGUGACCGAACGUCUCAAGUGCUGACAACCUCUGGCGUUUUAGCGAGUCGUCUUUAUAAGUACUGGAGAGCCUGUAGUCACCUACAUACGAGGCCUCGGGCAAAAGUAGCGGACCCCGGCAGCGAGACGCCGACUGCACAGGACAGACGAGUCAAGAGCGUACGUAGGGAAAGUGCUUGGCGAUGGCAGCCGGCGUGUGUAACAGCAGUUGGGGAAGAGUCUGCGUUAUAAAUAAACCAGGCAGCUGUUCAUGAAUUCAUACUUGUGCAUUGAAUGCGGUGUCCGGCGAAGGGUGUGAAGAACAAGCAGGAGUGUCACCCCCAGCAGAUGUGACGCAUUUGAGGUAUUGGCUACUGACCCGGCCAUGCGGAGAUAGACGGGCGCCGACAGUGCCAAUGCCCAUUUCUUUUACAGUCCAAAGCGUUUCGGUGAAUUAUCAAUUUUAUGGCACCAGAAUAUUAUGCGAUGGAAGUCAGGAGAAACGAACCUUUUGGUGGCCAGGGGAACAAUUUUGAGUGUUGAAUGUUCAAGGUUUCCAAAAUCCCUCUAAUGCGAAAACUGUGCCAGCUCCAGUGACUCAUAUUCAGUCUACAGGAUGCUUCUUUCUCUCCAUAGUAAUGUUCGUUUUAUCCAGUUCUUGACGUUUCAAAGAGUAGCAUGCAUUAUUAAAAAUGUAUGAAUUAUAAUGAAGUUGAUUUUGCCUUACCAGUUUCGCAUGCUGUUUUUUGAAAGCACGGAUUUCUACAUAUUUUUUAUUUUUUCCUUCAGACCGCUGUGUGGAGAAGGAUUAAAUCUUUUUGUCAGACACUUGUCUCUGAGUAGGAUGGCUCGGGAUUUUAGAAAGUGAUUCGAUUCACAAACGAUCUAAAUGUGGAAAUCCUCACGCCUUUGAUUAGUUAGGAAGCAUAGACCUUUUUCACAAUUUUAAAGGCCCAUUUCAUGGGGUUGUGCUUAAUGUAAAGUUUGUUUUUUGUCAAAGUUAAAGAAUUCACAUUUUCUGAGACAUUUAUUUUAUUCAGUGCUACUAGCCUUUGGGCAGGUAGUUAUGAAACACUGACUAAAUUUUCAAUGCAGAUAAAAAUAUCCUGGCAGAAGUUUCUUGAACUUCCCAGUUAACCUUUUUUUUUUUUUUUUUUUUAAUUUUACCUGUGGACCAUUUGGAAAACAACACGGUUAUAAAAUGCAGGUCAGUGGUGAAGAAACUAGCAUCCCUGGCACUCUGGCAUGGAAUUCGAGUCCAGCUCAAUAUUAUUUUUCUUGCUGUUUUUCACUGGCAUCUAAAGAUAGAUGUUAGCAGAGUUGGACAUCCUUUCUUGGGCACAUUUAGUCACCCAGGUGCCUUUCACCCCAUUCCCAGCUAUUGGCCAGGAGGCCAUGGGUAGCUCUGCUUCUUCGUUAACUGCAGAGACCGAGUCGGAUCAUGGAUUUCGCAACAACAGUUUCCAUUCUGGCCCAUCAGUGGGUUGGCUCAGGAACAGCCAUAGCAGUCCAAUAUGGGGUACGUCCUUUGUAUCCCAACAGGCGGUGCAGUCUUCACCACGCAGGGAGAGAAGUUACUCUCACUCCCCUGGCACCAUGGCUGCAGUGGCAGGGAACAGCGAGUGGUCUUGUGGCCGCUGCACUUUCUUGAACCCGAGUGCCGCCCCUCGCUGCUCCAUCUGUGAGGCCCCCCGUCAGAAGCCGGAUUUCAAUCGCAUCCUGCGACUCAGCACCGAAGAGCAGCAUUGGGCCUGUAACCGCUGCACCUUUAGCAACCCUCCUGGCAUUGGCGUCUGCAAGCUGUGCGAUUCUGGGGUCGGCCCUAACACGGGAGGAUCCACUGGCACCCCUGCCCUCAAUGGAGUUCUGCCUGCUCAGACCACCAACCCUGCUGCUUUAAACAGUGACUCCACCACCUCGGCUGCUGCCAUCUUCGAACCAAGGGGGGCAGCACCCCCUAAAGAGGACCCUAAAAGAUUCGAAAGCAAUGGAGAGGCUACAUUGCCACAACAGCUGUCUGGCUGGACUUGCCCACGAUGCACUCUGCACAACACUCCUGUAGCUGUUUCUUGUUCAGCCUGUGGUGGGCCUCGUAAGCUGUCGUUACCCAAAAUCCCCCCAGAAGCCCUGGUUGUCCCAGAGGUGCUAACUCCGGUGACUGGUUUUCAGAUGCCAGCUUCUGGUCAGUCAGGGGGCACAACUGGACCUGACACGGAGCCUGUCUCCACAAACGUCCCAAGUGACUCUUCUGAAACGCCCCAUUCGGCAGCUGCACCCUCGUCCGCCUUUGUUUCGUUCUCCCCCCUGCAAAACAAUCCUGUCCCCCGCAGUCGCCGAGAAGUACCACCUCAGCCUCCCCCUGCCUCUGGUCUGACACCAACUUCAGUUCCAAGCUCUAAUUGCCCUUCAACAGCGACUCCUGCCUCCUCAUCCUCUGCUUGUCAACGGCCCCCUAAAGGUCCCACUGGGAAGGUAGCCCAGCCACAGCAGCCGACUUCACAACCUUCAGAAGUAUUCCCAGGCAAGGGCUUCAGUCCUCUAGAAGAGGAAGCCAUGAUGAUCUGCCCAGUGCCCCCACACCCUGUGAAACCUGUCUCUGCUUCCAGCUCUUCCUCUUCAUUAAGUUCCCAGAAUUCCUGGAAAUGCAGCAGCUGCUCCCUCUCUAACACUAGCACCUCUUCUAAGUGUGAAGCUUGCCGAUGCUCGCGUGUGCCUGGUGAUGUGAUUGAUCUCACUGGGGAGUCUGUGCGCUUCACGCCAGGUAGUCCUUCCAGCCCAGAUUUUAGCACCUGGUCCUGCUCAAAGUGCACUCUACGCAAUCCCACCGGCACACACAAAUGCAGUGCAUGUGGGUCCUCCAAACUUCACGGCUUCCAGGACCACCACUCUCAUCAGUGCCCUGCUCCGGGCUCAGCUUGCCCAUCGUGUCCCUCUGGCUCUGGGAUUAGCUUGGGGCCAAGAGCUGCACAUAGGAAACCACAACGACCCUUUCCUGCAUCGACUUCCUCGUCCUCUGUGUCUUCUCUGGAAAAGGCAGGGCAGUGGGCAUGCCCGGCGUGCACGUUAUUAAAUGACCUGAAAGCCAAACACUGUGCUGCCUGCCACACACCACAGCAGUAUUUCACUCUACGUAAGGGUGCCAAGCCCCUGAAGAGACGUGAGAGUGUGCAUGUGGAAGCCCGUCGUCAGACUGAUGAGGGCGAGGCCAAGGAGCUCUGGGAAAAUAUAGUCACUUUCUGCCGAGAGAAUUCAGUGAACUUUGUGGACGACAGCUUUCCACCGUGUCCUCGCUCUGUGGGUUUCCCAGACACUGACAGCGUGCAACAACGUGUUAAAAAAUGGCUUCGUCCCCAGGAGAUUAACUGCAGCAACUUCAAAGAUCGUGCAGUCAAGUGGUCCGUGUUUCGCACCCCUCAGCCUUCUGAUAUCCUGCAGGGGCUUUUGGGAAACUGCUGGUUUCUUAGUGCUUUGGCAGUGCUUGCAGAACGUCCAGAGCUUGUGGAAAGGGUGAUGAUCACCCGUGUCAUCUGCCAGGAGGGUGCGUACCAAGUGAGGCUGUGUAAGGAUGGUACCUGGGUUACUGUUCUUGUGGAUGAUAUGCUGCCCUGCGAUGAGUUUGGCUACCUCCUUUUCUCCCAGGCUCAACGCAAGCAGCUUUGGGUGGCUCUAAUUGAAAAGGCGCUGGCCAAGCUACACGGCUCUUACUUUGCACUUCAGGCUGGCCGAGCUAUCGAGGGUCUGGCUACUCUAACAGGAGCCCCCUGUGACAGUCUGAUGCUGCAGGUCAGCUCAACGAAUCCCCGAGAAGAGCCUAUCGACACUGACCUGAUAUGGGCAAAGAUGCUGAGCUCUAAGGAAGCGGGCUUUCUAAUGGGCGCUUCAUGUGGAGGGGGAAACAUGAAAGUGGAUGACAGCGUUUAUGAGAGCCUGGGGCUGCGGCCACGUCAUGCUUACUCCAUUUUGGAUGUCCGUGAUGUCCAAGGAUACAGACUCUUGAGACUACGCAAUCCAUGGGGCCGAUUCUCCUGGAAUGGAAGCUGGUCAGAUGAGUGGCCUGACUGGCCUCAGCACCUUCGCCAUGAACUGAUGGCACAUGGCAGUGGUGAGGGUGUCUUCUGGAUGGAGUAUGGAGACUUCAUUAAGUAUUUUGACUCUGUGGACAUUUGUAAGAUCCAUUCAGACUGGCAGGAGGUACGGGUACAAGGAUUGUUUCCAAACCGGGCCAGCGGACCAGUGACUGUCACAGUGCUGACUGUCUUGGAGCGCACGUCUCUGGAGUUUGCUCUGUUUCAGGAGGGCAGCAGGCGAUCAGACACGGCUGACAGCCACCUUCUGGACCUGUGCAUCAUGGUCUUCAGAGCCUCAUUCUGCAGUAGCAACAAGCUGUCAUUGGGCCGCCUGCUUGCUCACAGCAAGCGGGCUGUCAAGAAGUUUGUUGGAUGCGACGUGAUGCUGGAGCCUGGAGAGUACGCUGUGGUCUGCUGCGCCUUCAACCACUGGCAGAUGAACACACCGGGGACGUCACUCACUCCUGUCUCUAGUCCCACCUCAAGCAGCCGUCCAAACCCAGAAUUCCCUGGGUAUAUACUCGCGAUUUACAGCUCGAGGCAGGUGAUGGUGGAGCAGACCGAAGCCACGCCAACCACUCUGGCUGACGCGAUCAUCCUGCUGACUGAGAACAAGGGAGAGCGGCAUGAGGGAAGAGAAGGCAUGACCUGCUAUUACUUGACGCAUGGCUGGGCAGGUUUAAUCGUCGUCGUUGAAAACAGACACCCCAAGUACUACCUUCAUGUGUCAUGCGACUGCACAGACAGCUUCAACGUGGUGUCAACACGGGGCAGUUUGAAGACCAUCGACAGCGUACCCCCACUCAACAGGCAAGUGCUUGUGGUGCUGUCGCAGCUGGAGGGCAAUGCAGGCUUCUCCAUCACGCACAGACUGGCACACAGGAAAGCUACGCAGGCCUCCCUCGGAGACUGGACGCCCUCCAAAGGCACACACUGUCCCCAGCUCACCUCGGACGUUGCUGGACUCCACCGGCCUCGGCCGCUCUGACACACGCUGGCUAGCGGGGGACAUCUUUGUAAACGUAACGCGGACUUCAGGCUCUUUUUAGUUUUUUUUUUGUUCAGUUGUACUGCCAAAUCUUUUUGCUCUUUGGAGCUCAGAGCCUCAAUGGAAAAGGCAGACGUGAAGCACACAAACGUGUCUGUAGGCACAAACCCCAAAUGACGCAAGACACUGGGCACGUCCUCGCCGUGGCAUGAGGACCACAGACAGCGCGGUCAGAGGGCCUCCAAGGGUGAUCUGCACACUACUGAGCCAAAUCCGUGUUCUAGCAGCGAGCAAAGCCAUUUUCUACCUGGAGCCCGCUGGAGGUGGACCAUCGGUGUACGUUUUGUUUCUUUGUGACGCCGCUGUUGUCACCCCUCGUCGCCUGCAGUCUCUUUUAACAACACAAGCCUUACUCCAAAGCACAUCUGAUCAUGAAGUGAAGCCCUCAAGUCUUAAGUUGGUGCCGCCGACUUUGUCCUCCUUUCUUUGUUAUUUUGUGAGCGGUUUGAGCCCCGUGGUGACGAGCCCGGUGGACAGGCCUGCUCUGAAAUUCCCAUCUCCAUCUCACCAUUAGAGACUGAAGAUGGAGAAAGCAGAAGCCACUGGGACCAGAGCUGCAUUUGACUGGGUGACACGGACGGCCCUCGCAGUUGUCGAUACCUCGAGGCUGGCCCUCCCGCGCGCUUCAACUGGUCUGAUGGCCCAGAGGACACCAUAGUGGGCUACAGACGCAGGUUGCACCCAGACAGCACAUGGAAGGACAACGAGAGCUUUUUCUGUUUUAAGAAAAAAAAAAAAAAAAAAAAACGCUUCAUUAGAUCUUCAAAAACGAAUUGGAACUUUCAAAGAACCUCCGGUCUCGGUGAGCAUCUGGUCCUAAGUUUCUGUUCGGGACUGCAAAAAAAAUCAAGUGUAACGCGCAUGGUGGAAACGUCCCUUCCGUUUGUCCAAAGCCCGAUGGAGGUCUGGCUUGGGGAAGCACCCUGAUUGGUUAAAGUUCCUGUCGUUUUACAGCAUUGACGGACUGUGUGGGAGGCUUUUUUGCGGCCAUUUGAGUUUGGUGCUUUAAGGGGUCAUUUUGUUCCUAAUUGUUCACUACUCUCAGCUCAGGUUUUUUCCUCAGGUAUCUCAAGCAAACUGUACCCACAAUCCCUUGCUGCUUGGCAUGCGUCUCUUUCCACAUUGUCCAAAGAGAGUCCCUCGGUCACAUUCCCGGGUAACGCCGAUGGUGGCGGUGGUCACACACGGGGUCCAUUAGCCUGAUCUGCUGUGAGGGGAAGCCAUGCAAGCUUUACCCUAUUUUUUGCACAAAUGACGCCCAGUGGCUUCACCACCCGAACCCCCAACUUGGAUGGAUUUAGGGACGUUUAGCAGGCAGUCCUCGUGUUCUGUUGCCGAUUGCUUGUGUGUGAAGUGACGUGCAGAACAACAUAAGCUCAAAAGUGAGGACCUUCUGUCACUACGGACCCCCAGCCCUGAGCCCCGCUUUUUAGAAUUUUUUUGGUAACAGAAGUGACACCCAUGAAAUGCUUUUAUUUAAUUACAGAAAUCUAAGACGUGACCCACCGUGUUAAAAUGUCUUCCCUGGUGGGCUUUAUUUUCUCUUAAAGAAAUGCCCAUCAAGGGGCGUCAACCCCAGUGGCGAUUUCUGCCCUCGUUGUCAUCUUUUGUUGUUUCCUUUGCUGCAUAAAAUGCUGCCCCCCAAAUCAGUAGACGUCACCCUUGGCUUUGUGGACCCGCUGAAGCUUUGGCUGAGGAGUUGGGACCCCCAAAGUAGAUUUUUAUUUUUUCAGUCGGAGUAUUUAUUCUCUUUUAAGGAUGAGAUCCGGCCACUUGUUACUCGGUGGGUUGCACUCUGACUGGGCAUGCAGAUGUGGUGAGGGCACACGAGUGUCCGUCUCACAGUCCUUGUGCCCCCCAUUGAGGAGUUUGUCUCAGAGCUGUUGGGGGACUCGCCAAACAAAUGUUCCUCUACACGAGAAUCUGUCCGCACCUUCAAAAGGCAAGUCCCAAAACGCCGGGCACGUCUACUUGGCAGACGAAGCGGGUGGUGCCACUCGGCGGUUGAUUUUGUUUUUUUUUUUUGGAGUCGCGUCACUUCUUGUUGGUUUAUUCAACUCGGUUGUCUCGCCAUUUUGAAUAUUGUGCUGGUCAUUCGAGUCCCACUUCAUCUUGUGCCAGCACAUCAGAUUGGCGCCGAGCUCCAAGGGUGGCGUGAAGUUGCAUGUUACUGCGCGCUCUUGGCGUGCGGCCUGUGCAGAGCGGCCUUGAGCUCAGGGUGGUAGAAGGGGUCCCGUUGCUGCACGUCGGGCCAGGACAUUACAGCGUGACGGGUUGUUUGUUUGUUUGUUUGUUUGUUUGUUUUUCUGUAAAUUGUACAUAUGGAAUAUUUCGCCAAGCUGUGAAUAAUUGUUUAAUUGUGUAAAAACAUGAAAGAAUCCUGCAAAUAACACUAUGAGGAAAGAAUGUGACACGUGAAAUAAUUUUAUUGAUUUUAGAUGAGAACCUAUAAGUGUGAUUGGGAUGAAUAGUUCGCAAACUCAGGUUCUGACGGACUUUUUUAAGAUGCUAGGUUUCUGGGGGGUUUUUUCUUUGUAUAUCGGGGGGCGCAGUUGUUGUGUCUCCAAGACGCAGGCUGCAAAAGGGAUUGCCUAAAUAAAACUUGAAAACCGGC